AUGGUGAAUCAAACCCCCCACAUCGUCAUCUUAUCCUAUGAUGAAAAGAAGAUAAACAAAUUCGUGUCAUAUUUGAUGAGCAUAUUUGAACCCCUGGAGAGUUACGAAAAGGCAGAUACGUAUAAGCUCACAUUUGACCGGAAUGAUUUUCACAGUGACAAUGGAUCCUUUUUUGCUUUUAAAGAGGUGGCCAAAGUGGCCAUUGUGAAUAAGUACUACAGCGCGGAGGUGACUAUUUCUUCCUGCGUAGUUCAAUCUGGAGAGCAUGCCAUUCGUGUAAAGGAAAAUCUGCCAAAUCUGCCAGAUUUGGAAGGGGAUGAUGAAGCAGAACCCCAAUCGCAGAACCAGACCAACGAACUAGACGCUAAGGAUAUCCUCUGUGAAAGCUUCAUAUUCCUCUUUAACAAUUUCAGCAAAGAGGAAAAAAACCUCGUUAAUGUAAACCCAUUUAGGAACUAUGAUGAGGAUUGUGUAGAAUACGUUAAGGAUCCGGAGACCCAACAAAUGAUACGAAAUGCCAAUUUUGAUUUUUCAAACAUGUAUAAAGAUGUCGGGGUUAAAAUUGCGAUUUUUCCUUCAUCUCUCGAAAAAGACAAUAAAGAUAUUGUUAACUUCUUUAGCGACUAUUUUAUUGAAUGCUUGUACAUAAAUUAUGAGUCGAAGUGUUUGGAAGAAGGUGAUGAGCAUGGAGAAAGCGAUUCCAACUGUCCAGAUGAGGGAGACCAAAAUGUAAAAGAGGAGAAUACGCAAUUACGAGAAUUUGAAGAACAAGAAGAUGAAGAAAGGUUGAUAGAAGCGCUGCACUGCCAUAUGUGGAAGGGGCUGCAGAUUAAACGGGACCAUUUGAUCAUUCAGCAUAGGAGGGACUUCCCUAUGAGCCAAACCUUCAAGGGUGAUGAAGCUUCGCCUAGCGGGGACAACCUCCCCCAGAGUGAUAAAACUGCACCAAAUGGGGAGAACCCCCUCCAGAGUGAUAAAGCUGCCCCAGGUGGAGCAGCAGAAAUUGAUCCAAACGGAACCGUGGCGAACGGUGUCAAGACCCCCGAAGGACAGAAAGAAGAACUGUUCAUGGAAAACUUCAACAAAAUUGUGGAAAAAAUAAGAAUAGCAAAAAUGGAAAAUAAAAAUUGCAGCAGCCAUUCUGCACGGAGAAAAAAAGCGGAAGAAGUUAUUUUCGAACUGCAGCAGUAUUUCUGUGACAUUGAUGAGGACCUCGGAACCAUGAAGCUCUCUUAUGCAAUAAACAAGCUGAUAGCAUCCCUUGGAGGAGUUCUCUUAGUUGCGUACGACGUUAUUCGAAUACACAAAAGCAAUAUAAAUUAUGUGGACCAUAACACCUACAUAAUGGAUAACCCCUAUGUGCCUUUUUCCACUUUUGUGAUUCUGAGUUUCACAUAUCUUUUCCUAAACGGUUUUUCGAACUCAAAGAAUGUGAUGGCAAAAGGGUUUACAGGCUUCCUAAGCUGCUUCUUGAUCACUUACGCCUUGGUUUUUUCUGCGCACCAGUUGUAUCUAACAUCAGAAUUCACCAAGGCUGAGUCCGAUCUGCUCAAAGACUCCACCUACCUGUGCAUUUUCCUCUUCUUCUACUUCUGCUCAUUGUGCAUCGAGGCCCAUCGCAAUUUAUCAAGAACCUUGUCAACCAAAGAAAGCAUUGGGGGAUCCGUCAAAAUCGAAGUUUGA